GACUGCAACCUGAUUCACUUAUUUUGAUUCUAUGGAGAAUAAGCCUGAUGACAUCCUAUUUUAUCCCGUUGUGGUUAUGGAUUUCAGUUGCAUCCAAAGAUGAGGCUGCGAGGUUUCCUGUUUUUACACUCUAGAUGGUAUGUGUUUAAUUUCGUAAUGAAGUCAACACAUGACACUAUUGUAGAUGACUGAACGCAAUGAUUCAGCUGUGGUGGAUUUACUCGCAGCGGUAGUUUGGAGGCGCCGCGCAUCACCAAAGCGCUCUACUGAGAAUCCCCCACCAGGACGAAGAAAACAGGCUGUGAAGAAAACAGGCUGUUACACGGAGUGCAAUCUCUAUCCAACCGGUGUACCAUCACAAGAACACUUACAAAGUAUUUGCUCCAGUUGAUUGUCGGUUCUUUAUUUAGAAUUUUGCGGAAGGAGGCAGUUGGAUAGUAUUAUUUUCGCGGAAAGUGAACGGAACUACCAGGGAUGACUGAAGACUUGUAAAGGAAGCUGCUGACACUCCUAAUCAUGGCUCUGAUAGGAAAUGACACCUCAGCUCGCCCCGAUUAUGUCCCCCAUUACCUCCUGGCGGGCGACCCUUUCGCCUCGAAGCUGUCCAAGGAGGCCGACAUCGUGGCUGCUUUCUACAUCUGCAUCAUUGGGAUCAUGUCAGCCAUAGGAAAUGGCUAUGUUAUAUACAUGACCAUCAAACGCAAGACAAAGCUAAGGCCGCCUGAGCUCAUGACAGUCAACUUAGCCAUAUUUGACUUUUGCAUAUCAGUCACAGGGAAGCCGUUCUUUGUGGCGUCCAGUUUCUCCCACCGCUGGCUGUUUGGCUGGGAGGGCUGUCGUUUCUAUGGCUGGGCUGGCUUCUUCUUCGGUGUCGGCAGCCUCAUCACCAUGACCGUAGUCAGCCUAGACAGAUACCUCAAGAUCUGCCACCUCAGAUACGGAACGUGGCUAAAGAGGCAACAUGCUUUCCUGAGUAUGGUGUUUGUGUGGCUGUAUGCAGGCUUCUGGGCCACCAUGCCCCUGGUGGGCUGGGGCAGCUAUGCUCCUGAGCCCUUUGGCACUUCCUGCACUCUGGACUGGUGGCUGGCCCAGGCUUCCGUGGCGGGCCAGAGCUUCGUCAUUGCAAUCCUCUUCUUCUGUCUUAUCUUCCCCACCGGCAUCAUCGUUUUCUCCUACGUCAUGAUCAUCUUCAAGGUCAAGUCCUCAGCCAAGGAAAUCUCCCACUUUGACACCAGGAACAAGAACAGCCAUAAUCUGGAGAUGAAACUGACCAAGGUGGCGAUGCUGAUCUGCGCUGGUUUCUUGAUAGCGUGGAUCCCUUAUGCAGUGGUCUCAGUGGUGUCUGCGUUUGGCGAGCCCGACUCAGUGCCUAUCUCGGUCUCUGUGAUCCCCACUCUGCUUGCUAAGUCCUCUGCCAUGUACAACCCCAUCAUCUACCAGGUCAUCGACCUGAAACACUCCUGCGCUAAAUCCUCCUGUUUUCAAGUUCUGAAGAAGCGCACACAUUUAAAAAAGUCAAGGUUUUACACAAUUACUGGCUCGCUUAAAGUCAGUCCGUCCAGUAAUGAAGCUCACAUUGAAAUGUGAGAGAAAAACAGUGGUAAUCUCCUAUGAUUUGACACCUGUCCAAUCACAACCCUGCUAUCAUCUGCAAAGAUAUUGACCACCGCUCAUCACCCAAACCUACUGUACGCUACCCAGCCUUGCUGUAUCUAUGUUCCUGCUUCAAACAGCUCUCUGUACUCUCCUACCUCACGUCCCUCUGUGUUUACAGCUCAAGGCUGUUGUCAAGAUGUAUUUUUACACUUUGUACAGAUUGUGUAUUGUGACACCUGUGACAUGCAUAUUUAAACUUGAACCUUUAUGUGCUCCUGUAAGAUCUAAAGUGUUGUUAAGAACGAGGUAUGAUAUACAGAUGUUGGAUCUUAUUUUGACCAGUUUUGUUGCAGGAGUAAAAUAAUCCUGCAGCAGGAGGAGGAUUAUUUGAUUAUUCUCAAAAAAAGUUAUAAUUUCUAACAGGAAAAUAGUUCUGAUAGGCUACAGUAGGCUACAGUUUAGGUGUGAGAUCUAGUGAUAGAAAGAGAAACUGCAUGUUUUCAGGGACAUUAUGCUCUGACUAGGACUCUUAAAAAUGUUCUGUGGAGCAAAGUGAUCAAAUUAAGAUACCAUAUCUGUACAGAGUGCUGGAGAGACUGUGGUGUUGAUGUUGGAGUUAAGCGUUAAUCACUGCUUCGGGCAGGUUUGACCUUAGCAGCACUUUUCAUCAACGGUCAAAGUCAUCAUAUGAUUCUUAGUGUCACUGGAUACAUGUUUAGAGACGUCAUUGACAUCACAAAACAAAAUACUAAUUUAGCUCAUGCAAAAACUGCACGCUCCACUGUGAGGUAGCCACCAGCGCACGUUAAUUGGACCAAAUAUCAAGUCACAGCACAACAAUGUCUGCUAAGAGUAGUGGCUAUGUGGUACAGCACUAUGCUCCUGUCAUCGUUACCCAUUCUGUAUGCGCAGAUGUUAGCCUUUACGUCUCAUAUACAAGACAUUAACAACACCUUCCUAAUAUUGAGUUGCACCCUUCCUUUUACCCUCAGAACAGCCUCAAUUUGUCGGGGCAUGGCUUUGACAAGGUGUCAAAAGCGUUCGACAGGAAUGCUGGCCCACGUUGACUCCAUUGCUUCCCAAAGUUGUGUCAAGUUGGCUGGAUGUCCUUUGGGUGGAGGACCAUUUUUGAUAUGCACCGUAAAAUGUUGAGCGUGAAAAAUCAAGCAGCGAUGCAAUUCUUGACACAAACCUGUGCGCCUGGAACCUACUACCAUACCCUGUUCAAAGGCACUUCAAUAUUUUGUCUUGCACUUUCACCCUCUAAAUGGCACACAUAGACAAUCCAUGUCUUAAGGCUUAAAAUCCUUCUUUUACCUUCAUCUACAGGGAUUGAAGUGGGUUUAACAGUUGACAGCUAUAAGGGAUCAUAGCUUCCACCUGGAUUCACCUGGUCAGUCUUUGUCAUGGAAAGAGCAGGUGUUCUUAAUGCUGUGUACACUCAAUUUAUGUUGAUUUGACAAAACACAAUUUAAUAAAAAUCCACAUGAUCAGAAGGAAUAAGACAACCAUAAAUGUGUUUUUUGCUUUUAUACCUCUCAAUUACUAAAUUAAUUAAAGUAAUUCACUUAAUUAAAGUAAGUUGAGGUGCUAUUAAGAUCAAAGUCAGUUUUCAAAGUCAGUAACAUGUUUUUUUAAAAGUAUUUAUACUGUGUGUGCUUGUGUAUGGAGUCCAGGCUUUGAGUUAUAUGCAAGAAAACAAUCUUUAGAAAUACAUAAACAUUCAGUGCAAAUAAUUAUCCUAUUGGUUAUUACAACUGUCAUAUUGUCUAUUAUUGUCUUUGAAAUCUUUCAUCUUUACUCUAACUGAGGGUGUCUGCAUUCAACACACUGAAAAAACAAAAGAGGCCCUAGUCUCGCUGACCUCCUUAGAACAAUAGAAAGGAUCAACACACCUGCACUCAGCCUAAGGUCCUAACAUUGGCAAGAACAAUCAACAAUCUUUAUUUGACAGGAUUUAUUCAAAAUCAUACAACAGGUGGGUAUAAUCCUGAAUGCUGAUUGGAAAACUGCAUUCCAGUUUGCGUCUAUUCCACAAGUUACCAUCGGCGAAAUCUAUAACGUUAAAAUGCCUAUUUACUCUGUUCCAUCUGACGGUGCAAACCACUGUCUCAUCAGCCCAGCCAGGCAAUUUAUAAACUUGAUCUCCACUAUAAAAAGCAUCUAGACAUUAUCUCCUAUUUCUUUUAGACUAACAUUUAGUUUUCAACAGCGGAGAUUUGUAUAAACCUUGCUGCAUUUCUCUCCGACAUUUACAACAUUGCUUCAAUAUUCAAAUUCGAUCUCCAGCACAUGUCGGGAGUUGGGACGAGACAGGCAGGCAACUUUUCUCAGCCAAUCGAAAUCAUGAAUCGGCAUAAUUUCUAUGGAUAUAUACAAAGAACUAUCAAUAGAAAACAGGUCAAACGAAACAUUUGCAGUCUUUCUAGCUGCAGUUUGAAGUGAUUCUGCUAGCUGUGUUGUUGGCUCGCUCCUCUGAACAACAGUUUCCUGAUGAGAGAGCACAUUUUCUAUGCCAGGCGAAAUCGCGCCUCAUAAGCUCAUUGUUAUGGAUGUAUCCGAUUAAAUGUCUCUAGAAAACAUUUAAAAAAGGCAAAUGCAGCUACUGUUGUUAUUCUAGCUGCACUGUUUGACGUGACUGUAAGUUAGCCAUAGUUGGAUAUCUAGAAAGCAAGGGAUGAGUACGUUGCCAGCCAGUAUGGCAAUGGAACAUUUAGAACAAACGACUGGGUCGCAUCCAUAGAUACAGAACAAAAAGACUGAACGAAUGGGUCGCGUCUCUGUCACCUGAACCGAUAGCACGAAUGACCAGAUGGCUUGGGUAGCAACUCUAGAUUUGUGCCGGCACUAUAUCUUGUGGAAGGAUGAAAUAGUAUGACUAAAUUCAUCAAAAUAAUGUUUUUAAUGAAAAUAUGUCAAUCAUUAUUUGAAUAUGUUGGUUACCCGUUGUAUAAAAGUGAUAAUGCCCUUGAAGCCAGUGAUUGGAGGAUAUAUUGGCACGGUUUGCCGGCCAUCAACUUACAACACCCGUACCAAUAUAUUCUCCAAACACCGGCUUCAAGGGCAUUAUCACUUAAGCAAUAUCUCCUUUCUCAGUGUCUUACUGGAUCUGUGUUUUUGUUGUUUGUAUGAUUUUUCAGUAUGUACUCUUUCAUUGCCUUGCUAAUCAUUUGAUUUGAUUGGUUUAUUAUUUUAUUGUGUAAAGUUGUGAAUGACCGUGUUAGGAGAGCUUAUUGAUAUCAAAUGUUCUAUAAUGGUAUGCAUUUUGUUCUCCAUUUUUGAGAUUUGCAUCUGUACAAAAUGUAUGUCAACUAAGAGGUUAAUAUUGAUGUCAAAUAGGUAGUAGUCAACUGUAAUGCUUACCUGUCAUCACAUCUUGCUUAUGUACAAAAUUAUGAAUGAGGAAGGAGAUAGCUAAUAUGGUGUCUUUAUUUGAUCUCAGGUAUAGGUUAAGACGAGGUGUAAUCUUUUUCCUUGGUGGGCUGUCUGUAUGUCUCCACAUCACAGUAUUAAUCUCACCACGUUAUCUGCCUCUGUUGGGUUUCUUAAAGGGGUUUAAGGAUGAUGCACUAGUGUACUUCAACAGGGUUUGAUUGUGUCUCAGAAAAGAAGGCGGCUCUACAGGUGUGGGAUCUUAAUUUGAGACAGUUUGCCGCAGCAGGAAAGUAAUUAUUCAACAGGAGAACAUUUUAAAUAUUUUGUGGAUUAUAUAUAUUUUUUUUAAUUUGGGGGGACAUCAAGUCUGAAAUUUCAAAGUGGAAAUUACAUACUUCAGAUGCCUUUUUAAAUUUCCUGCCGCCGUGUGAUCAAAUUAAGAUCCUACAUCUGUCAUUCAUUGCAUUUUCCAAACUAAAUCACUGAAAGUGUUUUGUUUUAAUGCUUUAUCAUGAAGAACAUCAUCUGAAUAAGCAAGUACUGUGGUCCAGGAGGAUUAUGUCACAUUGCUUAUUAUCAUAUGUAUUUCCUAAAAGCAUACAGUAACUGUAUUCAUUUAUACUACCUGUAGUUUGCUUUCAAGUACCACAUUGUCACACCUUAUACUUCAUUCCACAUUCUUUGAGGAAUUCGUCUUUGUCCCUUUAUUUUGUAAAGAAAAAGUACAGCAUUCCAUAGCCAUUGCAAAUCUGUUGUGUUGAAUAAUGAUAAGUGCAAUAAAAGGUGCAGUUAUGCACAUAUAU